AGUCCUGCAUAAUAUAUCAUCAGUGCAAUAUCAGAAUACCAUAAAUAUCUAAGCAUAACUUAACAAAACUUUUCUAAACUGAAUAAAAUGACACAAUACUUCAAGAGAGAUAUCGAUUUCGAUGUUAAACGCGAAAAUGAGAUGGUGGAUGGUCGCACCUAUGGAUUCCUGAACGCCAAGGGAUCGAAUACGCCGAUGCCCAAGGUCCAAAAGAGAAUUCAAUCCACCACCUUGUUAGAAAAGCUUAAGUCCAUAAGAGUGAGUGAAAACAGGGAGCAACAAUCAAUUCCACAGGAUGAGUCGUCUAUGGAUUCAGUGCAACCUAGUGGAAUGACCUUUGAAAUGAAACGGAAACUAUUUGAUGAAGCCGAGUUCACCAUAACUCGAGGUCAGAAACUAAGUGACCUGAUGCAUGCCGCAGAUACGGAAUUUAACUUUAGAUCCUACGAGACUGGCAAGAAGACGAUCGCAGAAAUCGAGGCAUACUGUCGCACCAUUAACAUAAAGUUUGCCAAAUGAAACGAUGUUGUCUUGCAACGCUGCAGUUUAUUAAUCGGGUUGAAAGGAUACAACUAACUCUCAACUAGCAACGAUAAUGCGUUUGAUGACAGAUUGCAGGAUAGACAUGAUGAGAUCCCGAUAAAAGAUGUAGUAGAGCAGAGAUAACCAGGAUAGGAAUCAAUCCAACCCAAUGCAAAUCAAUGAAUCAUAUGAACUUUUUUAUCAAACCGAGCUCACAAUGGAACGAUCUAGAAAAACGUUCCCUUCAAUUUUAUAUUUUGUGUACUUAAGAAUUGCAAUAACUAGGCAUAAUUUUGCAUUAUUAUUGCAAUUUUGGGGAAAUGUAAUAAAAUUAAGUUAUAGUGCGAGUUUCAAGCGAACGUCCAU